UGUUCACUGCAAGCAGCCAUCUUGGAUAGAGAUACUUCUGCCAGGAUAACCUGCAGAUCCCUUCUGAAGAGCUCAAGACGAUAUAACAUUUUUUUUAAAUACACAUAACCCGAACCAAGAUGGCGACCGCACCGUACAAUUACUCCUACAUUUUUAAGUACAUCAUUAUUGGAGACAUGGGCGUAGGGAAGUCAUGUUUGCUUCACCAGUUCACAGAAAAGAAAUUCAUGGCGGACUGCCCCCACACGAUCGGGGUGGAGUUUGGCACGAGGAUCAUCGAGGUGAGCGGCCAGAAGAUCAAGCUGCAGAUCUGGGACACGGCUGGCCAGGAGCGCUUCAGAGCCGUCACGCGCAGCUACUACCGGGGGGCAGCGGGGGCACUGAUGGUGUACGACAUCACCAGGAGAAGCACAUAUAACCACCUCAGUAGCUGGUUGACUGACGCCAGGAACCUCACAAACCCCAACACCGUGAUCAUCCUGAUUGGGAACAAAGCUGACCUGGAGGCUCAGAGAGACGUGACAUACGAGGAGGCCAAGCAGUUUGCUGAGGAGAACGGCCUGUUAUUCCUGGAGGCCAGCGCUAAAACGGGGGAGAAUGUGGAGGAUGCCUUCUUGGAGGCAGCUAAGAAGAUCUACCAGAACAUCCAGGACGGCAGCUUGGACCUGAACGCUGCAGAGUCAGGAGUGCAGCACAAGCCCUCGGCCCCCCAGGGGGGCAGGCUCACCAGCGAGCCCCAGCCCCAGAGAGAGGGCUGCGGGUGCUAGUGGACCACACUCCUCCUCUCCUCCUUCACUCUCUCCUCCUUCACUCCUCCUCUCCUCCUUCACUCUCUCCUCCUUCACUCCUCCUCUCCUCCUUCACUCUCUCCUCUCCUUCUUCACUCUCUCCUCUCCUCCAUCAUUCUUUCUCUGCUCAUCUCUUCUUCAUCACCUCCCUCCACGCCCCUCCCUGCUCCACACCACAGACAGACAGAGAGCGAGAGGGGAUGGGGUGGAUGUAGAAGGAUGGAUGAUGGAGGGAGGGAGAAAUGUUUUGACUGAGUGACUCCAUCCCCUUCCUGGUUCCUCUCUGUCUCCCUUCCUCCAUUCACCAGUCAGCGCAGGUUAUCAGCUGUGAACCCCACAAACACAGCAGGUCAUAUUCAUAACAAACUGAAACUACAAGCUUUUGUUUUUUAACGUUGCUUUUAUAGCUGAUAACAGCCCCCUCCGGUUCUCCCACAGGACUAAACUAAACUCUGUAUAAAGACCCCUGGUAGAUGUCCCUCCCCCUCCUCCCCAGCAUCACAGCUGCAGGUGGAUCCACCAAUAUUAGUUUGGAUCUAUUUGGUUUUGCUGGCCUGUGAUUGGCUAAGUGUGUCCAGUCCAGGGAUUGGGAUUGGACAGUAAAGGUGAUGAUGUACUUUAUGACCCAGCAACACAGCUGGGAUGUUGCUGGUUGUGUGAUAGACCUGUUGAUGACAUCAGAUACAGGAAUCCCCUCGAACUGGUUGUGCUCCAGCAUCACAGGAGACAGUGUGUGUGUUUGUUUAGAGGGUCGGGGACCGUUUUGACUAAGUUAAGGACACUUUACAGAUUAGGCUUUUUUUCUUCAGAUCAUUAGCUUCACCUCCCGCCCUUUCUCCUCCUCUCCCCCUCUCUCCUCCUACCAGCCCCCAUCACAUCAGUAGAAUCUGGCUGUCCUCACCAGCAUUUUCCUUGUUGUCGUAUGUUGCCUUAUUGUUACGAUUUAAUGUUAAUAUUAUUACUGUUAAAUCUUCUUUUUGCUGCGCUUGCUCUAUAUACCGCUGUUUAGACUCCUAUCCCAAAAAAAAAAAAAAAACAUUUUACAAUAUUGUGAUAUUUAGAGGAGACGGUAUAAAGGGGUAAAUCAAACGGGUUGGGAGAGAGGAGGAGCUAGGAGAGAGGAGGAGCUAGGAGAGGAGAGAGGCAGAUGCUCCCGCACACCUGUGAUGCCAACAGAGCUGUCACCCAUCAUGGCUGUUCCAUCCUCACCCCCCCUCCCUGUACAGUUACACCAAUAGCAUGCCCCCCCCCACCCCCGUAACAGCCCUAACUGAGAUGGGUUUGAUAGAACACCAAGUUCACAUGUUCUUAUUUCCACUCCCCAGGCUAAAUGUUCUGUACCAUAAAGAGUGAUUCCCAGAGGGGGAUGCUGUACAUAGUGCUAUUCUAGCUGUGGCAGUGCUGAGGGGUGGGGGGCUUGUGAUGGGGAUGCAAAGUCUGUAACAUAGUUUCUAUUAAUGUGUGUGUAUAGGCAGACGUCCCUCCUCUCCUCUGACCCCCUCACUGCGGCUCUACUGUUUUCCCUCUGUCUGGGGGUUGGGGCAGGGCGGGGCUGUAGAGCUGGGGUGGGGCGGGGCUGUAGAGCUGGGGAGGGCGGGGCUGUAGAGCUGGGCUUCACUCUACACUUCCUGUUUGUUUCAAGCUUUGUCAGUUGCUCUCUAAUGAACUCUGGGAGGCAGAGUGUCACUUCUGUGUGUUUGAGUUGAUAUUUUUUAUUCUCCAUGUUGUAUUUCUUAUUCAACCAUGUCAUAGCCCUUCUGUAGGGGAGGGGCUUGUCUUAAUUCCAGGGAGCAGGGAUUGGUUUUUUGGUUGGUGGGAGGGGCUUGAGAUGUGUCCCGCCUUCUUCUGGGUCAUUUCCUGCUUGUCCAUGAGUUGAAAAAAGAAAAAAAAACGUACAUAUGUAUAAAUUUUGAAGGAGCUGUGCUAACAUUUAAAUGCAUUCUUGCGUGUAUAUGAUUUUAAAUUGUUGACAUUUUGAUUUUAAUAAUGAUGACAAUAAAAUGCUCUAGACAGAAA